UAUUCACAUGCUUUUGUCCACUGAUAUCCUCAACUAGACGUUAUAAUCACAUUUAGGUUACAGAACGUUAAAGUUUAGGUUAUUGUUAUAGUUGGUGGGUUUGACGUCGUUUCGGUCAAUAAAUCUUCAGCGUAAGCAGAGGAUAAGCGCUACCCGAGUGACAAGCUUAAGGCAAUGAAACGUCACUUCAAUAGUAGGCUUGCUUGUGUUUUGUUUACGUAGCUGAGGCUGACAGGCAGCUCAGCUAGUGUGUGCCAGGCCUACUACAGCGCCAGUGACCACCAAAGACGGCAGUGAACAGUACAAUCUGUGAGCUGGUAAUGCAUUGAGGCGACAAUGGAGACCGCAGGCAGCGCCACGGAGGGCGACCCUCUGAAGAGGGGAGAGGACGGAGCCGAGACGGGAACUGCACCGUCAGCAGCAGAGCUGAAGAAGAAGAGCUGCAAGGAAGUCUUGGGUUUUGCCAAACUGACCCACUGGCGAACAGCAGUCUUCUUCCUCUCCUUGUUCCUAUGCCUCACCAUAGUGUUUGCCUUCUCCUUCAUCAUCCCCUGUCCCGUCAGACCACAGUAUCUUAUCUCCUGGAACAGGACUUUCUCUGAAGCAGUGACCUAUGACUUCUUAGCAAUUGAAGAUACAAGCAGAGACAAGGUGAUGGAUGUCCUGUUCGUCAUCAAAAGCACAGAAGGCAGUCAGAACAACACCUGUGCUGAUGCAGGUCUGCCCUCGCCAUGUGUGUUUGUGUUAGCAGUGGAUGGGACAGAUGGAGCGACCCUGUGGGAGCAUCCGCUGGAGCCUGACUUCCACUGGGCCCAGUGUGGUCUAGACAAAGACUCAAGCAGAACCUGGGACUGUCUGCUGUCCCAUUCCGACAGGCUCACAGCCGUUGACAAAUACACUGGUGAUGUCAGGUGGUGGCAGCCUCAGCCUUCUGGUCUGCACAGCACUCUGCCUGUUCUUAGUGUCCCAGAUCUGGAUGGGGACCAGGUCAGCGACGUGGCUCUGGUGGCAUCUGACAACACACAGACUCAGGUGGUAUUCCUCUCGGGGAAGAAGGGUGUCCAGAUUGGUUCUACGGUGGUUCUUGACUUUCCAGAGGCGACCAAUCAUCUUCUCCAUUGCACUACUAAAGGUUCCCACUAUGUACUGCUACAAAAAGACACUGGCUUGUAUGGUCUGGCGCUGUGGAGGAUUGCUGCCAAGGCUAAAGCAGGGAUGGAGACGGGCCUCAAGAAGGACACACACUGGGAGAAGAACGCCAGUCCGACAUCAGGCCUCGUACCCAUCUACGAGUCUGACUCGGUGAAACAAGUGCUCAGAACAGGCGAGACAGACGACACACCCAACCUGCUGCUUGUGACCGGGAAGGAGGUGGUGUUAGUCGAUGGAAAAGAUUUGCACCUUCUGUGGACAUUCAACACCAGCUCAGUCCUCAGUCAGCCCUCUUUUGGUCACUUUAACAAAGACGAUUUACUUGACGUUGUGGUCGAGGAGGAUGUCGGCAACUACACAAAGAGGGUUAUAAUUCUUGAUGGGAAGUCUGGUGGCGUGCUGUGGGAAGUCAAGCUAUUAGCCACUCCUAACUCGCCGAGACCCGCCUCCAUCCACACCACCAACUCCUUCUCGAUCUUUGUGUUCUGGGGCAUGAUGCCCCCAGAGACCAACUUGUCUGUCCCGUCGACGAGUGACCGACAUUCUUACAUGCUCCAUCCUGUCUAUUCGAAUGUUCUCCUUGAGUCGAACAGCUCCAUGGACCACAUCAUUACAUUCAGAGCCACGCUGCUGGAGCGCGGACGCCAUGCAGCCUACAUCCUGCUGACAGGUCCCAGGACGGAGGGGGCUGAAGGCACCGUGGUCCUCAGCAAGCGAAAGCUGAAGCAGGACGUCCCCGACAGCAACGUGCUCCGAAUCGGCACCGGCGGAAGUUCAGAGACCAACAACGACAUCAAAGAGGCCUUCAACCGUCUGCGCUUCAGCGAUUGGUGACCGAAAAUCCUCUGUGUUAAAACCAUUUUGGCACAGCUUAACUCCAGAAACCAAAGUGUGUACACUAGCUAUGAUUUUCCAACUGCUGACAACCAAAAAAAAAAAUCCUUUGUGUUUAGAGGCUUUGGGUUGACUUGGUUUGACAGGGUUCUUCCAUUAAUCUCUGUUGGACAAUCUGGGCUCUGUUUUCUGACUUGACUGCACACAUAGUAUCGUGAAUUUGAUCUUAGCCGAGUGUCCGUAGAGCUGCUAUUCCCUGACAAUCAUAUAGCACAGAUUGCUGUUCUCCUGCUGAUGAAUCCAUAAAGAGGACCUGCCUUGCUGUAUUGUUUCCAACCCUCUCAUAUAACAAUGCAAUGCUCCUUUUUUACACUGCAGAGGCUGGGUUGUUCUUUGGAUCUAUGCAACUUUAUGUCGCACUGGGCUUUAAAGGUAGCAGGUAGUAGCCUUAAAGGAAGGGUUGCGCAAUCAUAGGUACAUUUUCUCAAACUCAACAGUAAAACAGACUUGAAAUGCGACAGACACCCCACCAACCUUAAGGUUUACUUUAUGUGAUUCCAUUUUCUUGUUCCAUAUUCUGUUUGCGAUCUUGCUAAGGCAGUCUUGUAUUCACUGGUACUGUUGACGAUAAUCAAAACGUGUGUCCUCACUUAUUCAAUCCAAGAUGCUGUAACUAGUGAUGCUCACUGACUAAACCGUUUAGGCGCUCCACGCCAACUCUCAAAGGUUCUCAAUUAAUAUUGAGUUGUUGCUGUGGGUUGAUGGCUCCUUCAUUAAGCUGUUUUUUAAUAAGUUUUUGCUGUACAUUAAUAUAUUGAACCUGUGGAACGUGCCUUUGUUGGAGCUGGCUUUUCUUUCUGACCUGAUACAUUUUUGAAUUUGAGCAAUAUUAAACCAUUUUAAAGUAAC